AUGAAUUCGUUUCUCUAUUACGGAGAUAGCACUUCUAUCCCAAACUAUAAUUGCAGUCAAUUUCAAAAAGUCGAUGAACCAAGAAUUAUUCCGGGUAUUAUUGAUAUCGCUUUUGGUGUUUUUGUCAUCGUAAGUGUUCAAAAAAAAAACAAUAUUUCAACAAAAAAUAAUUUUUAGUUUUUGUACAUUCCCAGUUUGUAUGUUUUCUACAAACAAUCUCGAAUUGUAUGUUUCAAAAUAAUGUUUCUUCUUGGAAUAACUGAUUGUGGAGCAAUUAGUGAGUCUGCUAUUUUAUGUUAAAGUGUUCUUUCAGUUACAACGAACAAAUCCUUUCAGCCGUGAACUCUGUGAUAACGGGUUAUUUAUUGAUACGUGGAGCAAGUUUUUGUGAUUCUCCAAAUUUCAUUUAUAUUUCUGGUGCAAUUGGUCUUGGAUUUUGGUGUAGCGCGUGUAUGACUUGUUUGAUUCUGGUUUUGAAUCGAACUUUAGAUAUGGUCAGCCCAUUGUUAGUCAAAGUAUAUUUCAGAGGGUAAGAUAAACAUGCUCCAGAAACUAAAAAAAAUAAAAGUUUUAUUUUAGAUACAGCACAUAUUUCGUCCUAGCUUGUCCCAUUAUUUAUGGUUUAUUUUUUACAUUUUGUACUCCCCCGAUCCUAUUUUCUGCACAACAUCGAACUUGGUUCUUCGAUCCAUUAAUUAAGAAAAAUAUGACUCUAGAAUACACAAAUAUUCCACACACAAUCAAUAAUUUUGGAAUUGUAGUGCUGACGACAAUGCUCUACGUAUUUUUCUGUUUAAAAGUUCGUAAGCAAUUCAGCAAAUCUUCAUUUCGAAUUAAAAGAACUAAUCGGCAAAGACAAGUAAGUUCAAUUGUGGGAAAGUUUUUGUGACUUUUUUCGAAUUACUCAGAUAUUUAUUCAAUCCACAUUAUUAUGCAUGUUUCAUCUUUCGGCGUCGAUAGUCUACGUCAUUAUGCAAUUUGUCACUGUUCCGGAAUGGCUAACUUAUUUCUCUCAAUAUCUUUGGCAACUAGCUCACGGUGAGUCAACAAUCAUAUGAUAUUGAAAUUUGUGUGACUACAACACUAAAAUUGAACUUUUAGGUUGCCCCGUCAUUGUAUAUCUAUUUUUCAAUCAUAAAGUUAGAGGAGCACUUUUACUUUUAUUUUCAACAACUUCGUCUUAUCAGGUAAAUAAUAUGUGGAAUCACAUUUUCCUAAUUAGAAAAUCGAAUCAAAAAUCAAGACCUAAGAAUAGAUUUUUUUCUGUUUACAUCUAAUUUUUCUAGGAAAAAUCGUCGCUUUUCAUUCCGAUGUCAAUUCAAGCAAACCCACCAAAAAGCGAUGAACUACAACCAUUCAACAUAAAAGAUUAA